UUCUUGGUUGGGGUGGGACUUUAUAGAGAGAGAGUCUUCUUCUUGUUCAAGAACAGACCCAUAUAUACAAAUAAUACCCGUGAUUUUUUUCUUUUAAAAAGAGAGAACAUUACAGAUAUAUACAGAAAGAGAAGGUAUAUAUAUAUACACAUACCCAUAUGCUAACACAUGGAGAUUUAUAGAGAGAGAGAGGAGAGAUGUUUCUCACUUUCUUCGUUGUAUUUCAUCUUCUCUCUCUCUUCUUCUGAGAUCUUUUAAUCGCUCUCUGCUGUCUUGUGUAUAUGAUUUUCAAAUUAAUUCAAAUAAAAAUUAAAACAGUUUCAAAGACAGAACACCGUUGAUUUUUGUAUUUUCCGACAAGAUGAAAAACCUCUAUUUCUAAAAGUGAAGUUUUGUGUGUUUUGUCUGAAAAUUUUGAUCCGCUCUGCUAAUUUAAAGUCUUUUGCUAUCUGGGUUUCCUUAAAGGUUUCACCUUUCUUACUUUUUCACCUGCGCCAAUUGCACUUGGCAAUCGUCAAGGCUGCUGAUUUUUGGUCCGAUUGGUUUUAUUUGCUUAGGGUUUGAUUGGAUCGCAACCCUAAUUUUUGGCCUUUUUUAACUAAUUAGGAUCGUCUGAUCGAAAGUGUUUCUAUCUGAUUUGGGUGGAAUUGGGUUUCUUCUUCACAUUGAAUAAAGAGAGGCCAACUUUGUUGGCGGCUCUGCUGAUAAAAGGUUAACGAGGAAUCUCCCUCGCGGUUCCACGGUGGUCACUUUCGAGUUAGGAUUUGGAAGUGGUUUUAUUAGAAAGUUUUGGAGCUUUUCUAAGUGGUUUUUAUCUGAUAUGGUGGGCUGGAUCGUAGUCUCUGAUCUGGUCAGGUGCUGGGAUAAAGGAUCUAGAAAGUAAAGAAAAAAAGUGGUUGAAAGUAUACCACUUUACGGAACACUUGAGGGAGAAGUGUGUCAUGUCUCGUUGCUUCCCAUUUCCACCUCCAGGAUAUGAGAAGAAGAUUAGAACCGAUGAAGCAGACUCUUUAAUAAAGGAAAAGCAAAAGAAAGAAAAGAAGCACAAAAAGGAGAAGAAGGAUAAAGAAAAGAAAGAAGGAAAAGACACAAGCAAAGACAAACAUAAGGAACGGAAGGAGAAAAAAGACAGACAUAAAGAUAGGAAAGACAAAGACCGGAAUAAAGAAAAGAGCACAACUUCGGAGGGCAAAAAAGCUGUUGGUGUUCUACCUAACACAGGGGACAGAGAGAAGCUUGUUGUAUCAAACACCUUGCAUAGCAAUGGUAAUGGAGAGUCUAAGUUUAUACAAGACCUGGCAAGAAGGCUUAGAGAUGAAGAAGAAGCUACAGAGAGUCAAAGUGUGGGAAAGAUCAGGAAUGAUGAUGAUGAAAGAAGAAUCAACAGCACCCGUAGCAGCUUUGCAAUGGAGAAAAGGCCUGAAAAUGCGGUUCAACUAUCAUCUUGCACUGUUAAACCAUUGGAGAAGAAAGAUCAGGCAAAGAAAAUGGAACUAGAAGAGAAUAAUCGACGUAGGGAAAGAGUGAGUAUGGCUGCUGAUAUGCCACUGGAUAGUGAAGGGAUAAAGAAAAGUGAACCGAAGUACACAACACAUAGAAGUAGUAAAGGGGAGGAAACAGAGGCUGGUCAGGGCAAACCAAGAGAUGUAGAGGAAGGGAGCAAAUUAAAAGAGAGAGAUGUAGAUACUAGGAACUUUAGAGUGCAACAAAACCUUUCAAGGGAGAGCGUCAAAAAUCUUACUUCAGUGGGAGUUCUUGGCAAACGGAAAGAUCUUGACACAAAUGGAUUCUUGUAUGAGAAUGGAUCUAGGCCAAAGAAGAUACAGAGGCCAGUUGCUUCUCCAGUAUCAACCGUGGAAAACGGAAGAAAGUUGGAAGGAUGCCAAACUCCUCUAAAACCUGUUACUGAGUUGCAAGAAGCAAUGCGUAAUCCAGAGGCCAAGGAGCAUAGAGUUAACGGUUUCAUCAAGUCUCAAGACCCCAAAAGCCAUCCAAAGAUAACUUCUGUGAAAGCGAAGGAAAACGGUGAAGCAUCAGCGAAAAAGCGACCUCACUCUGACUUAAAGUAUUUGGAUCAGAUACUGAAUGUACCAGAAAAGGAGGAAUUGCAUGAGGUUGAUGAAAGUGAAGAGCAAGAGUGGCUUUUUGGUCAGACUGGUGUGAAAUUGUCAAAGAAGCCAAAAACAGAUUCUACUUCUUCAUUGGAUGAGUCUCUGCAAGUCUGGAACAAGGCUCUUAGUAUAGACUCUGCUGACAUUGUAGCUCUUCCUUAUGUUGUUCCAUUCUAGUUUGACGAAAUUAUGAUGUUCACUCACUUCAACCAAGGAGAAAGUUCCUCAGAUCGCAUUGGACUGGCGUCUGCUCGGUGCAGAUGAAAGGUAGAUGCUGAGGUAUGAUUGGUUUGGCUUCAUGAGAAGAGAAAGCUUCCGUGCUAAAACAAGUUCAUCCGUGAUCCUUGGAAAUGAGAUUUGAGACAUUUGAUUCAGUUUUGGUUCUGCUGUGUUAAUCAUCAGUUGAUGGGAUUAGCAAUUGAAGUUGUAUAUUAGAGAGGAUAUAGCAAAACAGAGGAGAGAUCUUCCACUAAUACAUUACAUUUUGUAGACUUUGUUUCCCCUUUUUGUGGGAGUCAAAAACUAUUAUUCUUGGAAUGCAAACAAUUCUUCAUCUCA